AUGCUCAGCCAGUAUUCACGACCCCGACUCACACGACUGGAAAGCAAACACCGGUCGGUGAGGUCCAACACCUCGUCUGUUUCUACGACAUCGCCGGCGACCCUUCCGGUCGAUCUCCGGGAAGAAAGCUAUCUCCAAGACCUCGAGCUGAUGAUGCAAUGGUGCACCUCAACCUACAAAACAAUGGCCCGCAACCCAGCUUCCGAAACGAUCUGGCAAACCACCAUCCCGACCCUCUCCCUCCGCCAUCCACCGCUCCGGCAAGGCCUUCUCGCUCUCUCGGCGCUGCAUCUGGCCUCCACAACCGUCUCAGCCCGCCGUUGGCAAUACCUCGAGACCGCCCGGGCGCACCAGUCGCACGCACUCGCCGCCUUGUCCACGCCCCUCGACCCGGAGGCCGAUCCCAAUGUGACCUUCGCCCUGUGCUGUGUGAUGAUCGCGUUCGCGUUCGGUUACUGUCUGGUGGACGAGGAUGACCCGCCCGACCGUCUGGAGGAGUUUUUGGAAGUCCUCCAGCUGACCCGCUGGCUGGUCAGCAUCAUCAUGCCCAUCCUGGAGCGCGUCACCACCGGCGAGCUCAACCCGCUGAUCAAACCGGAAGAUCCCCGGCCCACGAUGCCCGACAUGUCCCGGCUCGUCGUGUUGUCGCUACGUCGGCAAAACGCCCUCGAGGCCUUGCAGGAUCCGACCCACGAGGAGUCUCUCUACGAGUCGGCGAUCGAGCACCUGAGUCACGCGCUGGAACGGCUGAUGAAAGGCGGCGAACCCAAGGUAUUUGCGUUUUGUUGGUGCUUCCGAGUGCCCGAGGGAUUCUUGGAACUGCUGGACGCCCGUCGGCCGUUCGCGCUGGUGAUUCUCGCCCAUUAUGCGGUGGUGCUGCAUCACCUGCGAGAUUCGUGGUGGAUGGGGGAUUGGGGGACUCGGAUCUUGUCGCAAAUCGGAGACUCGGUGCCACCCGAGUGGAAGGCGCAUAUUGGCUGGCCGGUGGACGCGACGGGGUGUUUUAUGUCUCCAUGA